AUGGAUUUCCAUAGCAACCUUAAACAAGAAAUAUAUGCAAAGAACGUUUUCUUGUACGAUGAAUUUGAAGAAGAACGUGAAGAGGAUGACGAUGUUUUCUUCUGUGAACUUAGAAGGCAAGUUUUGCUAUUAACAGAAGAAGAUAGUGAUGAUGAAGAAUUACACGAAAACAGAAAUAGUCCAAACAUGGCCGAGGAUCGUAAACACGGUUCAAUUCCCAUGCCAUCUUCUGUAAAACCAUCUGGAUGUUUUUAUAAUUGGUCAGGGAAUAAAGAGGAUUAUGCAGCACCUGCAUGGAUAUUGAACUUGUGGAGAACUGGCAAUGGAACUGGUGUUUUCAUUCCGCAUAUCAUCCAGUCGAGAAGGAAAAAUAAACCAAGAAGGAAGAAGAAGAAUGAGAGAGGAAGAACAUAUGGGCAGGUAGAGAAGAUGAAUUGA